AUGGCCCGAAAAUCCACCCCAGAGCCUGAGAUGAGACGCAAGACUCGGGUCAAGGCCAACAUUUUGCAUGUGAGCAAGGAAGGGAUAUUCGACAGCGCCGGAAAGUCUGCUCAGAUCUUUGACAAUGCGGGAACCAAGCCUGGGUCCCAGGCACAGUUACGUCAAGAGCAACAACAAGAGCAACAGACACAAACACAAUCGCCCAUGGCAAAGCUGAAGCAAAUGGUACGCCGAAACAGUGCUCCUCAGCAGCCCCAGUUGCAGCAACCCCACCAGUCACAGCAGCAGCAACAGCAGCAGCAGCAGCAACAGGGUCAACCCCAACAACAAACACUAACCACCCGUCUGUAUCUCCAAAACAAGUCUCUGGCACGACAGAAUUCCAAUCUCAACACCAAAAUGUCGGCUUUGGAACACCAUAUGAGCGAACUUAUCAGUGAAAACAUUUGUUUGCGGCAAAAGAAUCUCGAGUUGCAGAGAAGCCACGACAAUUGGUUGCGAUCGCAUGUCAGCCAGAAUCUCAAAAAGCAACUGCAACAGCAUAUCAAUGGAAUCAACGAUUUGAUGCAAGGACUGUUGGGAGAAGUCGAUGGAGACUCGGAGCAACGCUCUCAUGAAUCGGCUUCUCAGGAGCACUUUGAGCUUUCCCUUUCCAGAUCACUUUCAAAGACUCCCGAUUCUCGAGCUCUAUCUAGAGGUUCUCCUGUAUCUGGCAGACACUCGCUCUCUAGAGGUUCGGCAAGUCGACAGACCAUGGGUCCUGCUGACUUUGCACGACGACGGUCUUCUCGACGUCGAUCAUCGUUCUUUGGCGAGCUGCCCCUGCUGCAGGACGCCGAGGACGUGCUCGAUCCUUCGGCAGAACAAUUGCAUUUGGAGGCUCGAGAUGUCGUCACUCCGAUGGCUGACGACGUUGAGGGAUGGGGUGAGGUUCCAGUUGACGAGGUGAAUGCUCACAUGGAGGAGAUGGAGAAGCAGCAUCAGGCAGAGGAGGCAGAGAGCGAGAUGGAUGUUGAUAGAGGAGAGAAGGUGCAUUUCAAUGAGCACGUGGAGGAACAUUACGACGAGCCAAUGGAAAUGGAUACUCAGGAGACACAGGAUACAUCAUUCUCCUCUGCUGUCCGGGAGACUUCUUUCCCUUCACCUAUCCAAGAGACUGUUCAGGAGACUUCUUUCGCCUCUCCCGAGCACGAAUCGUUCCCUUCCCUGAUCCAGGAGACUUCUUUCCCCUCGCCUGUGAAGGAGAAGUCGUCGUUUGCUUCACCUAUAAAAGAGAACGCCUCUUUUGCAUCGCCUGCCAAACAGAAGCCCUUCCCUUCACCAAUCGACGAGUCUUCUUUCCCGUCUCCCUUCUCCAGCUCCUUCCGACGGGUAACUUCUGCCCCCAGAGGAGAGCCUAUGGAGGAAGUGUCCACAGAUGGAGAGUCCUUUGCAUUCCUUCAGCAGCGAUCUCGUCCCAACUCGAGCCAUUCACGGCCUAACUCUCGAUCCGCUUCUCGCAACAUUUCCUCCCGCCCUGGAUCUCGGGAGAAGCAGAUCCACGUGUUUGCCGACCCUGUAUCCCCUGUUAAGGAAGCUGGCCUUGAGGCCUCUGCCCCUGUGAACCCAGCCCCUUCAAAUAAACCAGCUGCUGUCUCUACAACCCCUCCUCGAUCUCGUCCUUCAUUGUUUGAUACCCCCGAGAGUGCCAAGGAGCGACAGGAGAAGGAGCGGAAGCGACGAGAGAGCAUGGAGCAGGUAGUGGAGGAUCCCGUGUCACCCUGUUCCCGUCCCAGCAGUCGACGAUCUUCCCGAAGAGCCAGUACUGAGAAGGAGAAGGCGGCUGAGGAGGCUGCAAAGCAUGAGGAGAUGGAAGUUGAGGAAGAGCAUGUUCAGGAGGAGAAGGUUGAAAGGAGGGUUAAUCGUUCUCGACGGACUUCUACUAAGACAGCUGAGUCACUUCCUGUAUCUACAGGACUCACGACUGUGGAGUCUUUGGAGAAGCCCGUUUCGGGAAUGUUUGAAAAGGGUCUCGAGAAGCUUCAGAGUCUGGACAACAACGUGACUGCCCGGAAGAGUCGCGCUCCAACUGCCACCGGUGGUGUCAAGGUGACUACAUCAAGAAAGAGCACCAAGGCCACUGCCAAACCUUCCAAGACCUCUCCUCUGAUGCAGAAGGAUGCCAAUGGCAGCAAAAAUAAUGGAGCCGAUGGAGUCAAGGGCAAGGUCGAGACUGUUAAAACAUCCAAGCUUGCCGAAAAGCCCGUCAAGCCCGUCAAGGUGGCAGCUGAUACGGUUGCCAAGAAGCCCAUCAAGCUGGAAACCCCUGAGCCUCGUUCUCGGCGAUCUCGAGGGGCUCCUGUCAACUACAAGCUUCCCUCUGUGGGUUCCAAGCUGCGUCGGGAGACCGAUGGCUUUGUUGAUGCAGUUGGAGGGCUCAAGCGGUCUCUGGGUGCCUGUGAUGAGAACGGCAUGAAGCGACGGCGCAUCUAG